UCCUGGCAGCACCAGGCAGAGACACAGUUAUUAACAGGUGAAUGUUUGGACAGGGGAAUAAUACCAGGCAGCACUACCCCAGUCUGUGCUAUUCAUGGCCUACCUGCACAUGGGGGAAAGUGAGUGCCACCUCAGAAUGGAGGGGAAUUAGCAAGACAAAAGGCACGCCGUGGCUAACCUCACUAUCCACAGGACGAGAUAAAGCAGGAUAGGGUGGGGGGCUCAGGGAGAACGACUAAGGUCAUUUUUGUGGAGGGGUGUAUUUAAAGGACAGGUGGUUCAGCCACAAUGCAAACAUAGAGGAGGAGACAGAAAUCUAGAUGAGUUGUUUUUGUUUUCACAACUUUGACUCAAUCAAGGAGGGAACGUGGUGGUGGGGAGGAAAGGUUUUAGAGGGGAUUUGUAUUUGUGUGGGUUUGGGAGUGGGAGUGGUCUGUCACUGUUCAGUGUUUUAAUGUGUAGAUUCGCAUUCUGUGUUUGGUGUUUAUGAGGCUUGUUCAUUCUUUCCAAUCAGGUCACUGGAAGACAGUUUUUUUUUGCAGACAGCUAAAAUGUGAACUUAUUGUCCCUAAAAACCUCUGAAUAUAUUUCAAAAACCCAUAACAGUCUAAGCCAUGUCUGAGGGGGUUCUACUAAGCUAUAUGGAAUUGGUCAUACCAAGAACCAUGUGGCUAUUUGAUUUUGAAUUGGAAUACCCCUUGAAGUAUAAAAAAGCCCAUACAAAUGAAUUGAACAACAGAUUCACAACAGACAGUCCCAAAAUAAAAAUGGAAAGGACGUUUGUUCUGAAGUGUGCGUCCUAUAUCUGAGAGAUAUAACCCCUGAUUCUUGGAACUCUCCAUAUAGACUUCCAUACAUUUUUUCAACUGGCACCGGGGGACCUUCAGAUGAGUUUUGUGAGGCCUGUGGACGUACUAGAGCAAAGCAACCGACACGUACUGUAGGUGUUCGUGAGAGUCAUAAUGAGUAAGGAUAACUUGGCUAUUGUAACGGUUUUCUUUAGUUGAAGGAGAGGCGGACCAAAUGCAGCGUGGUUUCUAUUCAUGGUUAUUUAAUGAAGAAAACUAUACAUGAACAGACUAACAAGAACCGCGAAAACCUAAACAGCCCUAUCUGGUGCAAACACAGAGACAGGAACAAUCACCCACAAAACCCAACACCAAACAGGCUACCUAAAUAUGGUUCCCAAUCAGAGACAAUGACUAACACCUGCCUCUGAUUGAGAACCAUAUCAGGCCAGACAUAGAAAUAGACAAACAAGACAUCCAACAUAGAAUGCCCACUCAUAUCACACCAUGACCAAACAAAACAUAGAAACAUACAAAGCAAACUAUGGUCAGGGUGUGACAGCUAUGUACACAGGGUACCAGUACUGAGUGGAUGUGCAGGGGUGUGAGGUAAUUGAGGCAGAUAUGUUCAUACUGUAUAACUAGGAAUAAAGUGACAGAUAGUAAACAGUAGUGCAGCGUAUGAUGAGUCAAAAAAGUUAGUUAAAAAGUUUAAAAUGCAGGUAGUCUAGAUAAGUAUUUGGUUAACUAUUUAAUUAACUAUUUAGCUGUCUUAUGGUUUGGGGGUAGAAGCUGUUCAGGGUCCUGUUGGUUCCAGACAUGGUGAGUCAGACCCACCUAAGCCUAUAUUAGUGUCUGUGAAAUGAGGUGCAUAUCCUUUACAUGUGGACUGUGAAGUCACCACCACAUACAGUACACUAGAACAGGCUGCAAUAACACUGAUAUCCUGGCUCACAGGAAAAGGGUGUAUCUAGGUAGGGGGAGAGGAAGAGACGAAUAAAUGUUUAACACACCCCUCUUGUCCACUGCUGAGCUACACUGUUCUGCUCCCUCUAGUCCACCUCUGAGCUACACUGUUCUGUUCCCUCUAGUCCACCACUGAGCUACACUGUUCUGUUCCCUCUAGUCCACCGCUGAGCUACACUGUUCUGUUCCCUCUAGUCCACCGCUGAGCUACACUGUUCUGUUCCCUCUAGUCCACUGCUGAGCUACACUGUUCUAGUCCACCGCUGAGCUACACUGUUCUGUUCCCUCUAGUCCACUGCUGAGCUACACUGUUCUGUUCCCUCUAGUCCACUGCUGAGCUACACUGUUCUAGUCCACCGCUGAGCUACACUGUUCUGUUCCCUCUAGUCCACCGCUGAGCUACACUGUUCUGUUCCCUCUAGUCCACCGCUGAGCUACACUGUUCUGUUCCUGUAACGGCGUUCUUCGUUUGUUGAAAGAAAGUCGGACCGAAAUGCAGCGUGUUGGUUACUCAUGUUCUUUAAUGGAACAAAUGACGAUACACGAAAUUUCCGGCUCGGGACGUGGAGGCUUCUGGCGGCUUCUUGCAGACUGACAGCUCUGACUGUUCCAUGCAGACUAACAGCUUUGGCAGCUCCUUGCCGACUGGCAGCUCCUUGCAGACUGGCAGCUCCUUGCAGACUGGCAGCUCCUUGCAGACUGGCAGCUCCAUGCAGACUGGCAACUCCAUGAAGACUGGCAACUCCUUGCAGACUGGCAGCUCCUUGCAGACUUGCAGCUCCUUGCAGACUGGAAGCUCCUUGCAGACUGGCAGCUCCUUGCAGACUGGCAGCUCCUUGCAGACUGGCAGCUCCUUGCAGACUGGCAGCUCCUUGCAGACUUGCAGCUCCUUGCAGACUGGAAGCUCCUUGCAGACUGGCAGCUCCUUGCAGACUGGCAGCUCCAUGCAGACUGGCAGCUCUAGCUGCUCCAUGCAGACUGGCAGCUCUGGCUGCUCCAUGCAGACUGGCAGCUCCUUGCAGACUGGCAGCUCCUUGCAGACUGGCAGCUCCAUGCAGACUGGCAGCUCUGGCUGCUCCAUGCAGACUGGCAGCUCUAGCUGCUCCAUGCAGACUGGCAGCUCUAGCUGCUCCGAACAGGCAGGAGGCUCCGGCAGCGCUGGAGAGGGAGAAAGCGCUGGCUGCGCUGAACAGGCGAGGCGCACUGAAGGCCUGGUGCGUGGUACUGGAACUGGUGGUACUGGAUCGAGGGCACGCACAGGAAGCCUGGUGCGGGGAGCUACCAUAGGAGGACUGGUGUGUGAAGGUGGCACAGGAUGGACUGGACCGUGAAGGUGUACUGGAGAGCCUGAGAGCAGGACUGGCACAGGACGUGCAAGGCUAGCCCUUGUUUUGAAUAGCUGGUCUGCAGUCAAGUCUCCCAGGACGAGUGAGCGUUGCACCACAACCCAGCCCAGAGUGGAAACUGGCUCC